GCGACGAGAACUCGUGCCUAUAAAUUGCUCCCAUGCCUUUCUUCCCCAAUCUCGAGAGAUUAACCCUUCGAUCGAAAGCUUUAGAUGUCUCAGAGAGCAAACGUUCCCCACUUCUCUUCCAUAGCUAACGGCCUCCAUUCCCAUCUCCUCGUCUCCAGUGACAUGAACCCUAGCUCUGAUUGGUAGAGUGCCCACCUUUGCUCCCCCGAUCGUCUCUCUUCAUAACAUAUUUCUCUUAACCUAGCUUUUUUGGUUUCUCGUUUUCUUACGGAUCUCAAGUAAUGGGUCUCAAGGGAUUUGUGGAAGGCGGCAUUGCCUCCAUCGUCGCCGGCUGCUCCACCCAUCCUCUCGAUCUCAUUAAGGUCCGGUUGCAAUUGCAGGGCGAAUCGCCGGGGCCCGUGCACGCCCUCCGCCCUGCUCUAGCCUUCCCUGGCUCUACAUCCAUGGCCAUCCCCCAUUCCACCUCCCCGUCCUGCCGCCCUGGUUUUCUCUCCGUCGGCGCUCAGAUUGUUCGCGCUGAGGGCCCUUCUGCACUUCUCUCCGGCAUCUCCGCCACCGUCCUCCGCCAAACCCUCUACUCCACCACCCGUAUGGGUCUGUACGACAUCCUGAAGACAAAAUGGUCUUCCGAUGGCUCGGGGGCUGCUCUACCGCUGCACAAGAAGAUCACCGCGGGUUUAGUAGCCGGUGCUGUGGGUGCGGCGGUUGGGAAUCCGGCCGAUGUUGCGAUGGUGCGAAUGCAGGCGGACGGUAGGCUUCCAAUCGCAGAUCGUCGGAACUAUCGAGGUGUGGCGGAUGCCCUCGUUCGGAUGGUGCGGGAUGAAGGAUUGGGUUCGCUGUGGCGGGGUUCCACGCUGACGGUGAACAGGGCGAUGAUCGUGACGGCUUCGCAGCUGGCGACUUACGAUCAGGUCAAGGAGGGCAUUCUUCGGAGAAAAAUGUUGCCCGAUGGGCUGCCGACGCACUUGGCGGCGAGCUUCGCGGCGGGUUUGGUGGCGGCUGUGGCGUCUAACCCGGUGGAUGUGGUGAAGACGAGGGUUAUGAAUAUGAAGGUGGAGAAAGGGGCGGCGCCACCCUACGCUGGGGCGAUCGAUUGUGCGGUGAAGACGGUUAAGGCGGAGGGGCCGAUGGCUCUUUACAAGGGAUUUAUUCCUACUGUUUCUCGCCAGGGUCCAUUCACUGUUGUCCUGUUCGUUACCCUUGAGCAGGUCCGGUCUCUGCUGAAGGAAUUCUAAGCAGCCUGCAGCAAUGCAUAGAUCGCGGUUGAAAUAAGAGUCUCACGACGACGAUGAUGACGAUAACAUAUUUUUCUGCUACUCACAAUGAAGAAUUGAAUUGAAGAUUUUAGUCUCUGAUUACGGUAUAAGAACUUUUAAUUUAAACACAGUUUGAUUAUUUUUUCUUAAUAUUGUUUAAGUUGUUCCAAUCUCCGGCAUCUACGGUGAUUUAUUUAUUUAUAAUAAGAACUUUUUGUUUAAAGUCUCUAAUUUCAUCUCAGUUUGUUUCG